GCAUCUUGCCAUUGUCCCAAAAACAAAAAAAACAAACAAAAAAAAAAAAUCACGGAACUAAAGAUCAUUGGUUGUGUGGUGUACACGGACACUUAUUUUCAGGCACCCUGUCAAACUGAAUUGCGGUACACGCCACAUCCGGUUGAUUCAGCGAGCAACCAUGGCUGCGUUUGCUGAAAUGGGAGUGAUGCCUGAAAUCGCUCAGGCUGUGGAAGAGAUGGACUGGCUGCUUCCCACCGACAUCCAAGCCGAGUCCGUUCCCCUGAUCCUCGGCGGAGGAGACGUUCUCAUGGCUGCUGAGACAGGAAGUGGCAAAACUGGGGCCUUCAGCAUCCCAGUGAUCCAGAUUGUGUAUGAGACUCUGAAAGAUCAGCAGGAGGGGAAGAAAGGCCGUGCUGCAGUGAAGACCGGAGGAGCAGUGUUUAAUAAAUGGCAGAUGAACCCAUACGACCGAAGCCCAGCAUUUGCUAUCGGGCCGGACGGGCUUUGCUGCCAGAGCAGAGAGUUUAAGGAGUGGCAUGGCUGCCGUUCCACCCAGGCCGUGACUAAAGGAAAGUAUUACUACGAAGUCUCGUGCCAUGACCAAGGCUUGUGCAGGAUCGGUUGGUCCACUGUUCAGGCGGCUCUGGAUCUGGGUACAGACAAGUUUGGCUUCGGCUUCGGAGGGACGGGGAAGAAAUCCCACAAUAAGCAGUUUGAUAGUUAUGGAGAGGAGUUCACUAUGCACGACACCAUCGGAUGCUACAUCGACCUGGACAGUGGCCACGUGUCCUUCUCCAAAAAUGGGAAUGAUCUGGGCUUGGCGUUUGAGAUUCCCCAGAACUUGAGACGUCAACCGUUCUUCGCUUCCUGUGUGCUUAAGAAUGCUGAACUGAAGUUUAAUUUUGGGGGAGAGCCUUUCAAAAAUGCCCCCAAAGAAGGGUUCAUUGCUCUGGACCAAGCGCCCGAUGGCCACGUAGUCAAAACCACUCAGACUGGCAGUGCCACGGUGAGUCAGGUCAAAUCAAGCUCCACUGCCCCUAAAGCUCUGAUCGUGGAGCCGUCGAAAGAAUUGGCCGAGCAGACCCUCAACAACGUCAACCAGUUUAAGAAAUACGUGGACAAUCCCAAACUACGAGAUUUGCUGAUCAUCGGAGGCGUGGCAGCCAAAGAGCAGCUGUCCAUUUUGGAAAGCGGGGUUGAUAUAGUGGUUGGCACACCUGGCAGGCUCGAUGAUCUCAUAUCCACAGGAAAACUCGAUCUGUCCCAAGUCCGCUUCCUGGUCCUGGAUGAAUGUGAUGGACUGCUUACAGCCGGCUACACCGACUUCAUCAUGAGGGUCUACAACAAAAUCCCCCAGGUCACCUCUGAUGGAAAGAGACUGCAGGUGAUUGUGUGCUCGGCCACCCUGCACUCAUUCGAUGUGAAGAAACUGUCAGAGAAGAUCAUGCACUUCCCCACGUGGGUGGACCUGAAAGGUGAAGACUCCGUGCCUGAGACGGUCCAUCAUGUGGUGGUGACCGUCAACCCCAAAAACGACAGGCUGUGGGAAAGGCUGGGCAAAAACCAUAUCCGGACUGAUGAAGUGCACGCGAAAGACAACACACGGCCUGGAGCCAACACUGCAGAGAUGUGGUCAGAGGCAAUCAAAAUCCUGAAGGGCGAGUACACGAUCCGUGCAAUUAAGGAGCACAAGAUGGACCAAGCCAUCAUCUUCUGCAGGACCAAGAUUGACUGCGACAACAUGGAGCAGUACCUGAUCGCACAAGGAGGAGGUCCUGAUAAGAAAGGGCAUCAGUUCUCAUGCGUUUGUCUUCACGGUGACAGGAAGCCCAACGAGCGCAAAUACAACUUAGAGCGGUUCAAGAAAAAGGAGGUGAGGUUUUUGAUUUGCACAGACGUAGCAGCCAGAGGAAUCGACGUCCACGGCGUUCCAUACGUCAUUAAUGUGACCUUGCCGGAUGAGAAACAGAAUUAUGUGCAUCGCAUCGGAAGAGUGGGCAGGGCGGAGAGGAUGGGUCUGGCCAUUUCUCUGGUGGCCAUGGAAAAAGAGAAGGUAUGGUAUCAUGUUUGUCCUAACAGAGGCCGAGGCUGCUAUAACACCAGGUUAAAGGAGGAAGGAGGCUGCACUAUAUGGUACAACGAGAAAGAGCUGUUGGGAGAAAUCGAAGACCACCUGAAGUGCACCAUUACUCAGUGCGAGCCGGACAUCAAAGUCCCCGUAGACGAAUUUGAUGGCAAGGUUACUUACGGCCAGCGUCGAGCUGCUGGAGGUGGUCUCUAUAAGGGCCAUGUGGAUAUUUUGGCCCCCACAGUACAGGAACUCGCUAACCUCGAGCGGGAGGCGCAGACAUCUUUCCUGCAACUGGGCUACCUCCCCAAUCAGCUCUUCAAAGCUUUCUGAGCAUCACUCUUCACAACUGUACAACAGUAAAUGAGUGUGUUAGAUGCUAAAAAGAAGUGGAUGAAGUGGAUUCAAACACUAAACUAACAGUGUGUUUAAUUGAACAUGAGCAAAAGUAAAUAUUGGUUAAUUAUUAUUAAUUUACUUUCACAGCAAGUAAGGAAAUGCAUUUGUUGUCGCUAGACGAGUUAGGUUAAGUGUUAAGCUCAAUAAAAUAGUUAUGCGCAAACCA